UACCGAGCAUUUAGCUUCCAUGGACCUCACCGUUUCACUCAGCCGUCAGAAAACGGCGGAGUGACACGAAGCGACAGCCGCGUCGCUGCUCCGGAAAGAGCCGGGCGGUGACAGUGGGAGCACUCGGCUCUGUCAGGCCUUAUUAUCUGGACAAUCACAAGCCCAGCUCCGCCGCAGGCUACGACUACGACCCUUAUAUAUAUGUCAAUGCUACGACCAGAGCACUUUAGGCGACAUUAUUUCCGGAUUGCAAGCGAUUCAUGGUCGCUAAAUGCGAGGAUGGCAGAGGCUCCCAUGUCAUGUGACUGUUUUGUGUCCUUGCCCCCUGGCUCUCGCGAUGACCAUGUGAUUUUUGGGAAGAACUCCGACCGUCCCCGGGAUGAGGUGCAGGAGGUGGCCCACUACCCUGCAGCAUGUCACUCUCCAGGCUCCGUGCUGGAGUGCACAUACAUCCAGAUCCCUCAGGUGGAGCACACCCACGCUGUUGUCCUCAGCAAACCUGCCUGGAUGUGGGGCGCUGAAAUGGGAGCCAAUGACCAGGGAGUCUGCAUCGGGAACGAGGCUGUCUGGACCCGAGAGCCUGUGGCCCCCGGAGAGUCUCUGCUGGGCAUGGACCUUGUCAGACUGGGGUUGGAGCGUGGUGACAGUGCCUGGGCGGCGCUGAACGUCAUCACGGGCCUCCUGGAGCAGCAUGGCCAGGGGGGGCCGUGCAGGGAGGACCCCGAGCCCUUCAGCUACCACAACACCUUCCUCCUGGUGGACCGCAACCAGGCCUGGGUCCUGGAAACCGCUGGGAGGCUGUGGGUGGCGCAGAAGGUUACAGAGGGUGUGAAGAACAUCUCCAACCAGCUGACCGUUGGUGCCGAGAUCACGGCAGAGCACCCGGAGCUGCGGAGCGUGGCCCAGGCUCAGGGCUGGUGGGACGGGGAGGGAGAGUUCAACUUCUCUCGGGUGUUCAGUCCCGAGAACCCUCCUGCCAGGAUGGAGCUGGCCAAAAAACGCUACAAGGGAGGCACCGACCUACUCCAGCAACAUGACGGCUCAGUGACGGCAGCGGUGAUGAUGUCCAUUCUGAGGGACAAGCCCAGUGGCAUCUGCAUGGACUCUGGAGGUUUCUGCACCACAGGCAGCAUGGUGUCUGUCCUGCCCAGAGACUCCAGCCUGCCCUGCAUCCACUUCUUCACCGCCACCCCAGACCCGUCCAGGUCUAUAUUCAAGCCUUUCAUCUUCUCAGACUUUUCCAUCCCAGUGCCGAGAGUGGUUUCCCCACAGUUUGGCCCAGAUGACCCUGUCAGGAAGCAGCCUCGCUUUCAGAGCCAGGUGGACCGCAGACAUGACCUGUACAAGGCCCAUCAGGUGGCGCUCAACACCAUGGAGACCAACCCGGACGAGGGUUUAGCCGUCUAUGAGAUUCUGAGGGACCUGGAGUCGCAGUGUCUGAGCGAGAUUUCAGCCAUGCUGAAUGGAGAGAUACCAGCAGAAGAACUGGGGGACUUGUUUUUUGAUUCCGUCGACACAGAGAUCAAGUUCUACCAGUGAGGAGCGCCCUCAGGUGGACAUCCCUAACGCUCGCAGAGUUGCAGGAGAAGGCCCUGGGACUGUUAAAAAAAAAACUCUGUGUUCCUCGUCCAAUUGCGCUCGGCCUCACUCACACAGCACCCGUCCCUGACGCUAUUCCAUCAUUAACACAGACUAAAUGUCUAAACUGCACUGAUUGGAGCAAAUGUAUCAUCUGUAUCACCCAGGGAGAAAUGAGUGCACUGUGCACCUCCUUAGUGAGUAUAAUGAUGUAGACUACACAGGCGCCUAUAUGUAGAGGUGUGUGAAGUUGCACAAGUACUGUGAGUAUGGCAUUUGUUUAACAUUUUGUUUGUUGUUGCAACUGUAUGGGUUUGUCAUUUGAUGGCUACCUGUAGGGAAAGAUCUAAUAAAGAAUGUGAAUAGUC